AUGGAGCCUCAUUCAAAUGAGUCUGGGUUGCACAACGAAAUUGCGCUCGUACAGGCCAUGUAUCCGGAUGAAACAAGUUAUGAUAUAAAGAGCUCACGGCUAAACUUUAAGCACUUGAAGGGGGAGAUAGAACUACGGCUUCCCGCUAGCUAUCCAUCGUUGUCUACGCCAGGCCUGAUCUCAGCUACUGGCCCAAGCAAGUGUGACUUGAGAGCAGAGGUAAAUCAAAUCCUUGCCAGCCAGCAGGCCGGGGAGCCGUGCCUGGACGCCAUCAUCGCUGAAUUUGUCGCUCUGAUUGAGAAAUUGGCGACAGAAGCACACACGACAGGAAGCCCGAGUUCAACAGCACGUGGUUCGGACCAGAGUAAGACCACCAUCAUCUGGCUUCACCAUCUGCUCGCUACCAGCAAGAGGAAACAAGCGCUCUGGCCUCAAGUACUUGGCGCGUCAGAGAUCAGCGGCAUCACAAAGCCGGGAUAUCCAGGCGUCAUGAUAUUUUCUGGUCCAAGCAAUGACAUCGACGAACAUGUACACACUUUAAAGCAGCUGCGUUGGCAGGGCUUCCAAGUCCGGUGUGAGACAGAGGGCAGGUGGUCAUUCAAGCACGGACGUGGUAUCGUUGAAGUUGAAUCUAUGGCAGAAGUGGUCAACGACUUGGAGGAGGUCAGAGAACAGAGGAAUAUUUUUAUGGAGGCCAUGAAGAUGCAAUAA